GAGCAUUCGAAAUCACCGACAAGCAAUAGUUCCCUCCAUAAACAAGAUACACCCGAGUCUCCAGCAGCAUUCAACACGAUGAAAUCCCUAAGAAGCACAGAAACAACGCCACAGGACGAGCGAACAGACUCGCCCGACGAACUCACGCAAGGCGAUACCAAGGCAGAACUCGGAACCCAGCAAGAAAUCGAUCCUCAUGGUUCAGAACACGUUCGGAGAGGAUUUCUCCCGUGGUUAUGUUUGGUCCCAGCCUUGCGGGAUCCAAGGCAUUAUACCCCGGGGAUGAAGUGGGGGUUGACAUUUAUUGUGGCGAUGGGAGGGCUGGUUGUACCACUGAGUAGUGGUGUUUUGUUUCCCUGCCUGAUAGAGAUCGCCAAGGAUAUGGAUACCACCGUGUCAGUGGUGAACUUGUCUAUCGCUUUUGGCUCACUCUCUGUCGCUAUCACGCCCUUGUGGUGGUCAUAUCUCGCCGAGAUCUAUGGUCGUCGACUGGUGUAUAUAUUGUCGUUCUUAUUCCUUGGGGUUUUUAACAUUCUGGCUGCUAUCAGCUCCAAUAUCGGCAUGUUUAUCGCCAUGCGACUCCUUGGGAGUGCCUCGAGUGCGUGCCUUCAAGCUGUCAGCGCCGGUACCAUUUCUGACCUAUUCGAAGUGCGAGAUCGCGGCAAGGCUAUGGGCGUGUUUAUGCUUGGUCCUAUGCUAGGGCCUAUGUUUGCCCCUAUCAUCGGCGGGGCACUCACUAUGCGUUGGAGCUGGCGUAGUACGCAGUGGUUUAUGGUUAUCUUUGGCUGGGCCGUAUUUGUGGUGAUGGUCUUCUUCAUGCCAGAGACGGCCACUAACCUUGAAGAGAACCACCGCCAGCACCGAAGCGACGCCACUAGCCCCGGCAAGAAAGUCCUAUACUUCCUCCUAAAGCCCAUGGAAGCUGGCAAGCUCCUCCGAUACCCUCCUAUCCUUAUUACGGUCUAUUAUACUAGUAUCGUCUUCGCUACGUACUACCUUGUCUGCGUCUCUAUCGAAGACACCUUCGCCCUGCCACCAUACUCCUGGAGACCCGUUAUUGUCGGUGUGGCCUAUAUCCCCGGCGGCCUUGGUCUAAUCUUUGGUGCGAUUGUUGGCGGCCGCUGGCAGGAUUAUAUCAUGGCGCGGACCGCUCGAAAGGAGGGCCGAUAUGAUGAUAAGGGAGAGUUGAUCCUCUACCCGGUAGAUCGUCUAGGUGAGAACUGCCUCUUUGCGGGCAUUCUCUUCCCUGGGGCACUCUUGUGGUGGGGAUGGACGGCCGAUAAGCAUAAGUUCUGGCUAGUCCCACUCCUCGGAAACUUCUUCUACGGGGUUGGUGGAAUGAUUCUUACUAAUGUGACCAUGACGAUGCUGACGGAAUUUACACCAAAAAAUUCCACCGUCGGCGUCGCGGUGAAUAACCUCAUGCGAAACAGUCUGUCGUGUGUGAGUGCGGUCAUUGCGCAGCCGUUAUUUGAUGCGAUUGGCACGGGUUGGUCGUUCACUGCCGUUUGUUUAUUCUGUCUUCUUAGUGGUAUUCCGUUGAUCCUUCUGCGGAUCAAGCGGGAUGAAUGGAGUCGGCGGAUGAAGGCUACGCUGGGGGGCGAGUAG